AAAUCCAAUGUCUUCAAAUGAAAAUUCAGAUGAUGUUCCUGAGCAACGACAAAUAGUAAGACGUUCUCGUGUUUAUAACCCCAGGGAUCCAUCUUCACCUGAACCUCCUUAUGACCCUUAUCCACCUGGGAUUCAUGCUCAAGCGGGAUGUGCGACUCGACCUAUCAGUGCUCAUAUCGUGCCUCAAGCGCUCAUUGAACCAAUCAGGUUGCAUAGAGAAGAAGAUGAACUCGCCGGUACCUCGUCUUGCAGGCCAGUACCUCAAUGUGAUUUUAAUCUUGAAAGUGACCGCUGGGAAGAAGAUCAACUGGAAAAUCCGCAAAUCAAGUCACAGUGGAAAGGUUCCGAAACAAGACCAGUGGCGAAUUUUGCAAGACGACAACAGAGAGUUCUCAGAACUGAUUGGAAACAUGUGGACGUGCAGAUUACGGUUUGGGAAGAACUUAAAAAGGUGUUGGAAGCGGCUGAAAUAGUUGAUGUGACACUAAAUAUGAUGAAAACAUUGAAUCCCGAUACCAAAGCUAUGUGGCUACUAAAAUUUCAUACAACUUCCCUAACAGAAUACCUUGAGGAUUUUGAAUCGAGAGCAGAGUAUUUUAAUGAAAUGUUACUCGAGCUCGACGGAAUUCACCCGGAUCUGUUCACAGAGUGCUCGAAUUAUAUUUCUCAACUGAAAGAUGUAACACACAGCAGAGAGCUCCAAGCAGUUCAAGUGCACCUCCCGAAGGCUGUGAAGAAUUCUGAUGCACAAAAAGUUCGGUUUUACUUGCAAUUGGCUGGAGAAGCGAAAAAAGACAUUGCUGUUGUGUUAAAUAAUAAUAAGGUCAAAACAUUGCUAAUUGAUAAUGGUUUUACACUUUGAUUUCAACAUGUUUUAUAAAUUUUCAACUUUU